GCAUUUAUCUAUGAAACUAACCUACAAAUAAUAAGCGUUUUCGGCGUUUUUAAAACUUUUGGAAAGUUUUGUUUUGUCUUUUAUUCAGAAAAGUAAAAUUUAAAACACAUCAAAAUGUCGACUGCUAUGCCAAUAAAUCCCAAACCAUUUUUAAAUAGUCUUACUGGUAAAGCAGUAAUGGUAAAAUUGAAGUGGGGCCACGAAUACAAAGGCUAUCUAGUUUCAGUAGAUGGAUAUAUGAACCUUCAACUUGCUAAUUGUGAAGAGUAUAUUGAUGGUAGCAUUACUGGAAAUCUUGGAGAAGUUCUUAUAAGAUGUAAUAAUGUAUUGUUUAUACGAGGUGCAGAAGAAGAGGAUGAAGAAGGAGAAACAAGAGACUAGUUCUGUUAGUGUGCAAAUUUAAUUUUAUUUUAAGUGAAAUAAGGUGAAGCAACUGUGGACGUAAGAAUAAAUGAUACAUUUAAUUUGUGUUGAUUAGCGUGCAUGAAAAAUAUAAGUGUGAAAAUUA